AUGCACAUGCCGACCGUGGCCGAACUGAGAGCCGCCCUGGAGAACGGAGAGGUCACCAGCAGGGAACUUGUCCAGGCAUAUUUGGCACGCAUUGAACAGGUCAACGGGUUUGUGAAAGCCAUCGCGCAAACCAACCCAGACGCUAUUGCCGAUGCCUCAGCCUGCGACCAGGAGAGGGCGGCUAGUUUUUCCCGAGGCCUGCUCGGCAGAAAACUUCACGGUAUCCCAGUCCUGAUCAAAGAGUCGAUGGCGACCCUGGACAAAAUGGAGACAACAGGCGAGUCAAGCUGGUCCACCUUCCACAUUGAUCUUCUUCCUCUAACACGCCGCAUCACUCUAGCUGGUUCUCUUGCUCUAGUCGGCUCACGUCCAUCUGUUGAGGCCACAGCAGUGAGACGUCUGCGCGAAGCCGGGGCGAUAAUCCUGGGGAAGGGCACAAUGUCGGAGUGGAACUAUGCGAGGUCCGGCAGCGUUCCCAGUGGAUGGUCUGCCACCAGUGGACAAUGUGUUGGGCCUUUCUACGCAGACCAGGACCCACAGGGAUCUUCAUCAGGCUGUGCUGUUGCUGCGUCCAUUGGUCUGGUACCUGCAACAAUCGCGGGUGAGGCAUGGGGAAGCAUUACUUAUCCCUCGCAGAACAACGGGGUGGUCGGUCUGAAGCCAACAGUCGGGCUCGUUUCUCGAGCUGGUGUGGUUGGCGGCUCAAGGCAUAAGGAUACGAUCGGCCCCAUUACGAAAACGGUUAGAGAUGGCGCUGUGCUCUUGAAUGCAAUAGCUGGGAAAUGCCCAUUCGAUGCUGCGACGGAUUCGAUACCUUUUACAUCGAUGCCAGACUUUGAGAGCGCCUGUCGCCCAGAUGCCUUGCGCGGGGCCAAGAUAGCGGUCUCCCAAAUCCUACUUGACUCGUAUUCUCAUCGAGACGUCGUCGAGGCCUUGGAACAGGCACUUGGGGUCAUGGAAGCGGCCGGAGCUGAGGUGAGACGGAACGCCGAUUUCGAGGGCUGGGUUCCAAACAAGUCUAUCAGAGACCCAAUGCCGGGCAAUGUCCUCCUCAGGGAAGGGCUCGAGUCUUACUUCAGCAGUCUUGCGGUCAAUCCCCACGACAUCACGACGCUUGCAGGUCUGAUCGAGUUCAUGAAGCAAACGCCUGGCGAAAAGACGGAAAAGUAUGGGCUUGACUGGUUAGAGGCAGCAAGGGAUGAGCCCUUCAGCAGCACCUCAAAGGAGUUCCAGGACGCAAUGGAAGAGAUGAUCCGCCAGGGCAAUGCCAUCAAGAAACUCCUCGAUGACGCGGACUGCGACGCGCUUGUGAUGCCCACUACAGGAGACGCUCCUUACGAUCUUGGGCAGAAUCCAGCCGUAGCUGUCCCCAUCGGCUUCUUCCCGCCUGACAAGGCGGUCUCUCUCACUGCGUUUGGAAAGGUUUCCAAGGGCCCCAACAUCCCAUUUUCCCUCACCUUCCUGGGGCGUAAAUGGGACGACGAGAAGCUCAUUGGUCUAGCGUAUGCCUUCGAGCAACUAACUCGCGUUCAGGCACAGUCUCGGCAUUGUGUCAUGCCGACCCGGGAGAUUCUGACAGGACGGAACAUUGUUGUUCUCCCUCGGGACCAAGAGAGGCACAACCUUGCCAUCGCAACGCUAGUUAUCUAUGGCCUCUUCCUUCCCGUCACCUGGCUUGUCGAAUUCCCAGCGUCAUGGAAAGGCUUUACGUCGAAGCGCAAGAGCCGCAAUGUUGGUCGCGUCGCGGUCAGAACAUUUCUCGACUUCCUCAGUCUUCUUUGCAUAAGUAUUGCACCACCCUGCUGGUGGCAUUUUGCCUGGAGCAUUACCUGUACUGACCCGUCGCGUCGUCUUGAUCUAGUCCGCAUCAUCGGUAACGCACUCUACCUCUCCACCUCCACCCCGAGUAAGAGCAUCUUCAUCGUUCAGACGCUCUUCAGCAGCCUUGGCUUCCUGCCUUUGGUAAUGAAGCUCAUCUUUGUGCUCGGUCGCGCGUUACAAAAGAGCCGCAAAACUUCCGCCUUUACACAUGUCCGCCGUGCCAUCGUCACCGUACGGGUACUGCUCUUCACCGGGGUCAUCCUGAUCAUUGUCGGGGCAUGCACGCUCAUCCUGUCGCUCUGGAAGGCCGGGGCGAUGGUCCUUGCAGCAGCGUUCGUCGUCAUGGCCUCCGUCCACGUCUUCCUCUUGGUCAAGGUUGCUCGUAAAGAUGGGGAUCUUGGCGGCAGACAGGGCCUCUGCAUCCGCGUUGCCGCGGCAUCGCUGCCGCCGCUGGUCGUGCGAGCGGUGUACCUGAUCAUCAUCGAGUUUUCGCAAGACCCGAGAUACAACCCGAUCGUUGGUGACCCGGCGUAUCUCAUUGGAAUGGUGUUUGCGAUGGAGAUUCUGGUCAUGAUCUCACUCCUGUCGGCUACGGUUAUAUCGGAAGACCUGUUCAGCAUGAGAGAGAGCGAACAUGUAGCUCUGCAGGAGGUUCCACCCCAUUACCGGCGAACCCAACUUGCUGGGAAUGAAGCUUAG